AUGGUCCUCGACCGUCUUCAGCAGCUGACCAUGCAGGUCAGCGCCUCGGCGCCUCCUCCUCAUCCGCUGGAUCCUCUUACAACUACUGAAAUCGAGAGUGCUGUUGACAUUGUUCGUAAAGAACAUGGCAAGCUCAAUUUCAACGGGGUUACGCUCUACGAACCCCGCAAGGAGCAAAUGAUGGCCUGGCUGGCAAACCCUGAGGGCACCCCUCGUCCCACUCGUACUGCCGACGUUGUUGUUAUUGCUCCUGGUGGGAAAAUCUACGAUGGAAUUGUCGACCUUAAUGCGAAGAAAAUCAUUCAAUGGAAGCACACGCCUGGCGUGCAGCCUCUGAUCACUAUGGAGGAUCUGCAGGAGGUAGAGCACAUUGUUCGCAAGGACCCUAAGGUCAUUGAGCAGUGUGGAAUCCUUGGUAUUCCUCCACAUGAUAUGGAUAAGGUUUACUGUGAUCCUUGGACAAUCGGAUACGACGAACGCUUCGGCACUGAUGUCCGCCUGCAACAAGCCCUUAUGUACUACCGACCUCACGUUGAUGACUCCCAAUAUACAUAUCCCUUGGACUUCUGUCCUAUCUACAAUGCAGAGACUAAGCAGAUCAUCCACAUCGAUGUUCCGCCUGUGCGACGCCCUCUUAGCAAGGCUCCUCCCAACAACUACCACCCAGAGUCCGUUGAAAAAGAGGGCGGUUACAGAACAGACAUCAAACCAAUCCAUAUCACACAGCCGGAAGGUGUUUCUUUCAAUGUGAAUGGCCGCAGUAUCGACUGGCAAAACUGGAACAUCCACGUUGGCUUCAACUACCGCGAGGGUCUCGUCCUUAACAACAUCACCUACAACGACAAGGGCAACGUCCGUCCCGUGUUCUACCGACUGUCUCUAGCCGAAAUGGUUGUCCCAUACGGAAACCCCGAUCACCCCCACCAACGAAAGCACGCUUUCGACUUGGGAGAGUACGGUGGCGGCUACAUGACCAACAGCCUGUCUCUUGGCUGCGACUGCAAGGGCGCAAUCCACUACAUGGAUGCAGCAUUUGUCAACCGCGCCGGUGCCAGCACGAUUGUGAAGAACGCUAUCUGCAUCCAUGAAGAAGAUGCUGGUAUCCUCUACAAGCAUACCGAUUUCCGCGACGAGUCCAUGAUCGUCACCCGUGGCCGUAAACUGAUCCUCUCUCACAUCUUUACCGCCGCUAACUACGAAUACUGCGUCUACUGGAUCUUCCACCAGGAUGGCACUGUCCAGCUGGACAUUAAGCUGACCGGUAUCCUGAACACCUACGCCAUGAACCCCGGCGAGGACACCCACGGCUGGGGCACCGAAGUCUACCCAGGUGUCAAUGCCCACAACCACCAACACCUGUUCUGUCUCCGUGUCGACGCCAAUGUAGACGGUCCACAUAAUACUGUCUUCCAAGUCGACGCAACUCAAGGUCCCGGUGAAGUCGGCAGCGUAGAAAACAAAUACGGAAAUGCUUUCUAUGCCAAGAAGACAAAAUUCACCACUCCUCUUGAGGCAAUGUCCGACUACGACGGAUCCACCAGCCGAACGUGGGAAAUCGCAAACACCAACAAGCUCAACCCGUACAGCAAGAAGCCCGUCUCAUAUAAGCUUGUCAGCCGUGAAGUUCCAGGUCUCCUCCCCAAGGAGGGUGGACUCGUCUGGAAGCGAGCUGGUUUCGCUAGGCACGCCGUGCACGUUACGAAGUACUCGGACGACCAAGUCCACCCGGCAGGCCGCCAUGUCCCCCAGACUUCCGGGGAGCCCUCCCAAGGUCUCCCACAAUGGAUCGCACAAGCCGGUCCCAACAGCUCAAUAGACAACACCGACGUUGUCCUCUGGCACACUUUCGGCCUAACUCACUUCCCCACCCCCGAAGAUUAUCCCAUCAUGCCCGCGGAGCCCAUGACUGUCCUUCUGCGGCCAAGAAACUUCUUCACCCGCAACCCGGUCCUCGAUGUCCCACCUAGCUAUGCGCGUACGCCGUCGCAGGCUGCCGCAGGCACUGCCGCUUGCGGGUGCAGUAAUAGUAAGAAGAACUCACCGGAUGGAUCCAGCGUGCUGGUUUGA